AUGGCUAUUGAUUACCACCUGGGGAAGGCUAAUGUGGUUGCAGAUGAACUUAGUCGAAAGUCGUCAUUGUUUGCACUUCGAGCGAUGAAUGCUCAUUUGUCUCUUAAUGAAGACGGUUCUGUAUUAGCAAAAUUAAGAACGAAACCUAUGUUCCUUCAACGAAUUCAAGAGUUGCAAGAUAAUGAUCCAAAAUUGGUGUUGAAACGACAAAUGGUUCGGGACAAGUUGAGUUCAGAGUAUACCAUUGAUGAUAAUGGUAGUACAAAAAUGUACUGUGAUUUGAAAAGAAUGUAUUGGUGGCCAGGUACGAAACGGGAGAUUUGUGAAUUUGUGGCAAAGUGUUUGAUUUGUCAACAAGUCAAAGUAGAAUAUCAGAUCGAGAUCCGAGGUUUACAUCGAGAUUUUGGAGUAAAUUGUAAGAAGCUCUAG